AAAUACUUGAAUGAAUGAGAAAAAGUCCAAAAUUCUGGUGGCAUGUUAGUGAUACCACAAUACUGCAAUAAUCAUGCCACGUCUACACUGUUUUGCUGAUUUUGCUAAUUUGCAGAGUAGGUUGCUUACAGAUUUCAGCGAACGUUGCGAGUUAAAACCGUCGUUUUAUUACAGGUUAUACAGUAUUAAAAUACAGGUAGAUUAUUCACCAAAUUGUGCUUGUAUUAUACAAGCCUUAAAAGUUAUUGGCUUGAUUUGAUCGGUGCCGGUAAUAAUGCCAUUUCACAAAAAUGCAGUUGCCUAUGCUGCAACCAGUUUUGCAUCGUCUAUGAUGAAUUCCAUCUUCUUCUUCUAUUACGUGAAACUUUUUCUGGACAGAUAUCACGUCUCGGAGCCAUGGUUUCAAUUUGCACAGGUUGUCUACAUGUUGUGGAAUGCAAUCAAUGACCCACUGUUUGGUUAUUUCCAAGAUCAGUCAACUUGGGACUUUUGUAGCAAUCGACAAAAAUCUAUAUUAUAUGGUGCUCCCCUCUGGGCCCUUUGUUUUCUGUUACCAUGGUUUCCAUGGGGAAAUUACGAAGAAGGUAACUGGUUGGCAGGUGUACAUCUGAUGGUGACAUUGUGUGCAUAUGAUGCGCUAUUAACAUUCGUACUUUUGUCACAAUGUGCAAUUUUUGCUGAAAUAUCUGUCCAACAUGAAGACAGAUUGAGACUUGUUAAGUAUAGCCAGAUUGCAUCUGCGAUGGGAAACACUGGUGUCUUCUUUUCCGGAAUUGUUUCGGAUAACAUGAAUAAUAUGUUCAAUUUACAAAUAUAUUGUGUGCUUAUAGCUCUCAUUGCAUGGGCCAGUAUGAGGUACUGUGCAUUGAAUACAAGGACAAUGUAUGAUAACAAAGGAAAAGAACCUUCGAAAACUCCAUUAAUUGAACAAAAACAAAAAAGAGAAGAAGAAAAAUUGAGUUUCAAAGGAGCUUGCGUUAUCACUUGGCAGAUUCUGAAAAAUAGAAACUUUAUCGCUUUUGUUAUAAUGAAUUUCUUUCAGGUUCUCCAUGUUACAUUCGGAGCAAAUUUUCUUCUAAUUUUUGCCAAUCAUCUUAUUCCACAAGAUGUUCUACCGUCAGUUGCAAGAAGUGCUGUUUAUGGGGCAUCUUUUGUACUUCCCCAGUUGAUGAUUCUGUUAGGUGGAGGAAUUAUUGCAAAGUUUGGAUCAUAUAAAGUUAUUCUUAUAUCUUUCAUGGUUCAAAUAUUCCUCGGAAUAACUUUGUAUUUUGUCGGAAGAGAACAUUAUUAUUUCUUAGCUUUGUUCUUCAUAUUAGAUAUGAGUAUUCCUCAUGCAGCUUUUAGUCUCUUUAAUAUCCCACUGUCAGAUAUUAUUGAUGAAGAUAUGAAUGUUAACAAGGCGAGGUAUCCACGAUCGUCAAUGGUAUUUGGUACAAACGCUCUCAUCACAAAACCAGCAAAUUCAUUUGCACCAAUGUUAGUGGUGGCUAUACUGAACAAAUAUGGUUAUGAAGCCCUGAAGGAAUACGGAGUGCCAGGAGCCGUAGUACCAUCUGGUGUUACUCCUCCUGAUCAGUCAGAGAUCGCAGAACUCCAUAACGUAAUGUUUAAAAUAAUGUGUACUUUCCCAAUCGUACUUUCAAUUAUACAACUGUUAGCCUGGAGUACGUACAAACUGAAGUCUACCCAUGUCACGGAGGCAAAAUAUAUGGACACAUGAGACAGUUUUUAUUACACUGGUGAUAUUUUUCAUGCUCGCUGCCUAUAUAGGUGUCAGAAAAUGAGUGAUAUUAUGUUGUUUUUUUGGUACAUUUAGUUAUUUUUAAUUCCAAGUCUUGUCAUCAAGUCAGUUCUCUCAGUAUGUUUGUUUUAAUCAGAAUAUUUACUUCAUUCAAUACACCUUUACAUGCCAUUAAGUACAUGAAGCCUAUCAAAGUUCUUAUACGUUGAAAGAUAUUAUAAUUGGAGCAGUCUAAAAAAUUAUGCUGAAUUAUAUUUUACCUUAGGAUAAGAACUUGUGCUUUAUAUCUCACAAUCACUCACCCAUAUUACUAAAAAAGCGAUUCCUCCCGUCUUGAAAAUAAACUUUUUACAAAGAUUUCCUCUUAUAUGUACUUGAUGCUGCCUAGCUAUCUUUUACACAUAAUGCUGUGAGAUUAGACCUUUGCAUACAAAAAUUUACUCUUAUUUUAAGUUUUCAAUUGACUUGACUGCUCUGCAAGUCUAAACAUUGAGCACUUACAUAUUAUCUUGCUUUUAUGCUUUGAAUAUAAUUAUCUGGCAAAAAA